AUGGAGGAAUCAUGGACUAGUUGGUUAUGUGAUAUGGAACCAGAUGAUUACAGUUUCAUCAAUCAAUCAGACACAAACCUGGAUGAUGGAAACUUAGCAUCUCAUCAAGAUAGGCUACAUGAGGAGAACAAGCAAAACUCACUCUCCACGGAGAGUCACGGCUCUUAUGCCACCAUGAGCAAUUCUUCAGCAGAUGAGAGUGGGUUAGAGAGGCCUUCCAAGUCACGAAAGACACCUUCUUCUCCCUGCUCCUUCAUUCUUUCAUUUGACAACACGAAUCCACCACCGCUGAAGGUUGAAUCACGCUCCAAGAAUGGAACCAAGGUUGUGAAUCAUGGGAUGGCUUUGACUUCAAAGAAUGAACCAAGACGCGUUACUCAGGAGACCAAGAAGAAGGGGUCAGGGCUUAGAUCUCAUUAUCCCGCACAAGAUCACAUCAUUGCAGAGAGAAUGAGGAGAGAAAAAAUUAGCCAGCAGUUCAUAGCCCUUUCAGCCCUUAUUCCAGACCUCAAAAAGAUGGACAAAGCUUCUGUGUUGGGAGACGCUAUUAAGUAUGUGAAACAGCUAAAGGAGCAAGUGAAAGUGCUUGAGGAGAAGCAGAGCAAAAGGAAAAGCGAGGAAUUGGUGGUGUUUGUGAAGAAAUCUCAGGUCGUUACUACGGACGAAGAUGUCUCGGACACCUCGUCAAAUUCCUGCGGAUUCGGAAACUCCGAUGAUCCCUCAAAGACAAAUCUGCCACUGCCAGAGGUUGAAGCAAGGGUGUCAAAGAAGAACGUGCUGAUUCGAAUCCACUGCGAAAAAGAAAAGACAGCGGUUGUUAACAUAUUUAGAGAGAUAGAGAAGCUUCAUCUCUCAGUCACCAGUAGCAGUGCCUUUUCUUUCGGUUCCUCUGUUCUCGACAUGACCAUCGUAGCCGAGAUGGAGGAUGAAUUCAACAUGAGCGUGAAGGAACUAGCUAGAAAUCUGAGAGUAGGACUGAUGCAAUUUAUGUAG